AUGCCUUCUUCUUGGAUAUGGAUGAAAGGAAUCACUCCAACGAUUCCAACACAGGUGAUGGAUCCAGUCGGUGACGACGACCAGCGCCCGUCUGUGUUGGAUUUGAUUGCGGAACAUGAUACCAAUAUCCAAGAGCUUGCGUCUUUGGUACAAGAGGACCCCUUGUACGAACCAGAAAAGCACGAUGCCAUUUUUCUAUUGCGAUUUCUCCUGAGUCACAAGCAAAAUGUCAAACGAGCCUCCAAGGCCGUCAAAGCCACGCUGGUCUUUCGAAAGGAGUAUCGAUUGGAUGAACGAGACAUUCGUCAUUUGGUUCCGCACAAGAUACAAGACGGAGAAUAUGGUGAAAUGCCAUUUGCCAAGACUGAUAACCUACAGAAUGCUUGGAAGACUCGGUCGCCAGAAGAUGCCAUUGUCUUCACCAUUCCAGAUCCAAAGAGGGGUGUGGUGGCCUUUUUGAAUAUCGGUAACUUGAAGAAUGAUUCCAAGACUGCCAAGAAGCUCACAGUAGAUGAUGUGGCGUCAGUAUUUAUUCUCACUUCCGAAUGGGCCCAUCAAUGGUUGGACUAUGUCACUCGAACGACUGGACGAUUCACCAAAUCGGUGCGACUGAUUGAUUUUUCAAAUUUUUCCAUCUUUCAAAACUCUAGAGAAGCUACCAAGCGAGACGGAAAGAUUAUGGAUAUGAUGGAAGAUAUCUACCCGCAGCUCCUGCAGGCCCUGUUCAUUUACAAUGCACCAAACUGGAUACAUUCCGCUUGGGCCAUCUUUCGCCCCAUCAUGCCCAAACGGAUCAUUGCAAAGAUUGAUAUUAUCGACCCCAAGAACAAUCAAAAGGAGAAAGAAAAGCUACUAGCCUUCUUGUCGGACGAGAACAUGCCAGUAACCAUGGGAGGGAGUAAUACGACGAGUCCCCGUGAUUGGGAAUCGCAGUAG